AUGAAGUGCCUAUUUAUAAGUAAUGAAGCUCGCCCCUCGCAGGCGAGCGAUCUUCUCGAUAAACACGUUUUUCCGUUAACGGCGACGCGACAUUUCCAGCAGGGGUGCAUGAAAAAGCUUAAAAUUCUGAUGGAGCACGCGGAAUUGAUUACGGAAGCGAGGACAGCGAUAGUGGUAGUUAGGGCUUCUGCUGUGGGUAAAAAUGUUUACGAACCGGAAAACUCGAGAAAUGACAAUUUGGGUACGUUACGUUUAGGCGUCACUGUUAGCACUCCACCCCUUUUGGCUCCUAAACGUUCCGUGCCUAAGCGUACCGCGCCUAAACAUCUCGUGCUUAAACAUCCGGCGCCUCAACGUCCUACGCAUAAGCGUCCCGCGCCUAAACAUCCCGUGCUUGAAAGUCCCGUCGCUAAAGGUCUCCCGCUUAAACGUCCCACGCCUAAACGUCCCGCUCCUAAGCAUGCCACGCCCAAACAUCCCGCGCCCAAACGUCCCGCGCCUAAACAUCCCGCGCCUAAACAUCCCACGCCUAAACAUCCCGCACCUCAACGUCCCGCACCUCAACGUCCUACACCUAAACGUCCCGUGCCUAAACAUCCUGCGCCUAAACAUUUCGCGCCUGAACGUCCCGCGCCUAAACAUCCCGCGCCUUAA